ACAAGUUAGCAUUAGCAAUUUCCUGCAAAUUCAAUUUUGUAAUAGAUUAAUACAUAAUUUAAAAAGCUUCCGAAUAUGAUGAUAGAAAUGUUAUAAAAUGAUUAUCGAAAACGACGAGGAAAGUUAACGACGAAGAAGAUUUAUUCGACUACAAGAAAUCAUGUAUAUGGAAAAAUAAUGUCAUCACAGGGAGGACAAUGUCUAAAGACUUCUUUAGAACAUAGCCGCCUAAAUGAGGGAAGUGUGUCUGUCGGGAUGCCCAAACAAACUUUUUCUCAACAUUGGAAGGAGUUUGUUUGUGGUGGUGGUGCAGCAUUCUGCAAUAUUCUCAUCAGCUAUCCUCUUAAUAAACUAAUUUUUAGACAGAUGAUGCAUGGUGUAGAAGCAACAUUUGCCUUAAACCAGUUGCAAAAAGAAGGGCUUGGAUAUCUGUAUCGGGGUAUGCUACCUCCAUUACUGCAGAGGUCAAUAUCUAUGUCACUCAUGUUUGGCGUGUAUGAUGAAUGUUUGGAACCACUUUUAGAUAGCAAAAUUAAUCCAUAUGUUUCUAAAACUGUUGCUGGUGUUGUUGCUGGGUGUUUCGAAGCAACAUUAAUGCCAUUUGAAAGAUUACAGACUUUGCUGAUUCACCCUAAGUAUCAUAAUAAAUUUAGGAACUCUGCACAUGCGUUUAGCCAGAUAUCUAAGUUUUAUGGUAUCAAAGAGUUUUAUAGAGGAUAUGUGCCAAUCCUGUUACGAAAUGGUCCAUCAAAUGCACUGUUUUUCAUAAUAAGAGAUGAAAUAAAGGUCAGACUGCCUAAGCAAGAGAGCAUGGUAUAUGAGGGCCUACAAAAUUUUAUUGCUGGUGCAUCAAUUGGAGCUUUUCUUAGCACUUUGUUUUAUCCAUUAAAUGUGAUAAAAAUUGGAAUGCAGUGUGAGUUGGGUGGGCCUCACAGAACAAUCAUGUAUGAAUUUAAUUAUAUUUUACGGAAGCGAGGGUCUAAGUUUGGAAAUUUCUACCAUGGUGUCGUACUCAACAUAACCCGUGCAUUUCUCAGUUGGGGCGUUAUAAAUGCAUCCUACGAAGUGUUUAGGAAAAUAUUAUAUUCCUAGUCAUAUUAUUUUUGUUUUUGUUAUUGUUAUGUAUGGUGGCUCUGUGUAAAUAAAAAUUAUAUUCUCAAUAUGUUAUAAGAUUAAUCCUAGUGAAGCAUUUAUAACAGCAAAAAUGUGUACCUAAGAUCGUGAUGAAUUAUUUAUUAACGGAGAAUCAUUGUAAUUAUGUAUGUAAUACAAAAAUUACAAUUUGAUUUUUCAAAGUCAUUGUUUUAUUGUCACAACUUUUUUUCAUAGUACAAGAAAUAGAUUAAAAAUAAAAUCUGCUUG